AUGCCUCGGGGCCAUAAGAGUAAGCUUCGCGCCCGUGAAAAACGCCGCCAGGCUCGAGAAGGGCCAGAGCAUCUGGUGGCUGCUCAGGCCGCUGACCCAGAGGAAGAAAAAAAUCCCUCUUCCCCAUCUCCUCAUUUCGAAGAUGCUCCCCAGAGCUCCCCUGCCACGGGAACACCCAGGAAUCCUCAAGUUCCUGAGAGAGUCUGCUCCACCAGCACUACUGCUGCAGCUGCUUCAAACACAGCAGUUAAUGAAGGUGCCAACGAUCAAGAGGAGAAAAAGAGAAACGGCUCAAAGGCUGGGAAUACCACUGAGGAAUGGGACAAAGGCCCUAUACAUAAGAAAGUUACUAUAUUGGUAUACUACCUGCUGCACAAGUAUCAAAUGAAAGAGCCCAUUACUAAGACAGAUAUGUUGAGAAAUGUAAUCCAGUCUUAUAAGAAUCACUUCCAUGAGAUUCUAAGGAAAGCCUCUGAGCACUUGGAGCUGGUCUUUGGCCUUGACCUGAAGGAAGUGGAUCCCAACAGGAACACCUACGUCCUUGUCAACAAACUGCAACCAAGCUGGGAUGCAAGUGUGAAUGAUACUGGAGGUGUGCCCAAGACAGGCCUUUUGAUGAUUGUCCUGGGUGUGAUCUUCACAAAGGGCAACCGUGCCACCGAGGAGGAAGUCUGGCAAGUGCUGAAUAUGAUCGGGUUACAUGAUGGAGUGAAGAAUAUCUUCUGUGGCGAUCCCAAGAAGCUCAUCACCAAAGACUGGGUGAAUGAAAAGUACCUGGAGUACCGCCAGGUGCCCAACAGUGAUCCUCCGCGCUAUGAGUUCCUGUGGGGCCCCAGAGCCUACGCUGAGACCAGCAAGAUGAAAGUCCUGGAGCUUGUGGCCAAGAUCCAUAGUACCAUCCCCAGUGCCUUCCCAUACUGGUAUGAAGAGGCUUUGAAAGAUGAGGAAGAGCGAGCCAAAGCCAGAGUUCUAGCCAAGGCUGGUGCUGCUGCUGCGGCCAGUGCACGUGCCAGAGACAUGGCCAGCAGCUUUUCCUGCCCCAAGUGAAGGUUGAGGAAGGUUAUUAUAUGUUUUUGUUCCAUGCAGUAAUUUGGGUAUUUGUCUAAAUGUUGCUCUUUCAAACAGAAGGUUUAACUAGCUUCAGAAUAUGACUUUAUAAAUGAUAGAAGCCACUCAUUUACUAAUGUUGAUAAGUUUUAAGAGUGAGAGUUUUACAAUUUUAUAGAACAAAUUGGGAAAUUUUCCAUUUUAUUUAGUUAUUGGAACACAACAUCAUAGCAUUUCCAUGAAAGAACUCAGCAGUAAAAUGCUGGGAUCAAGAAAUAGAGAAGUAAAAGAUGAUGAAUCUUUUACAUUCUUUUAUCACUG